AUGUCUAAAGCCACAGGGAAAAUGGUGGAAAAUGCACUGUUGCCAUUGCCAGAAAAAGCGAUUUAUGGCUCUGUUCUUUUCUUAAGCUCCCAAUUUGGCUUCAUACUGGAUCUUGUGUGGGCUUUUAUUCCUAAAUCUUGGCUAACCUCCUUAGGCUUAACUUAUUGGCCUCAAAAGUAUUGGGCCGUUGCUCUGCCUGUGUACCUCCUCAUUACCGUAGUCAUCGGUUACAUCCUCUUAUUUGGAACAAACAUGAUGAGUAGCUCUCCACUCGACUCCAUUCAUACUAUCACAGAUAACUAUGCCAAAAACCAACAGCAGAAGAAAGACCAAGUAGAGGCCAUCCCAGCACUGAGAGAUAUUCCCAUUAGUGAAGUAAACCAAAUGUUCUUUCUUCCAGCCGAAUAACUUUCCACCAAAAACUUAAUUGUAUGUGGACUAAUACCAAACAUUUAUUAUAAAUUUUGACAUAAAGAUUUGACCAUACUAAUUUUGACUAUCUUUCUGAUUAAUAUCCAGUAUUGAAAUGUAAAAAAAAAAAUGUAGAUUGAACUUCUUUUAUAUUAAGUUCUAUUAAUAUUAUAAAUGUUAUCAAAUAGUAGUUACUAAUGGACAGAAUAAAUAAAAUACUGCACUACCAUAUGGCAAAAAAAAAAGAAAUAUACAUCUUAAAAGUAUUUAUUGAAGACAGCACUAAUUACAAGAUAAACAAAUAACUGACAGUGAAUUGUUUGGAAAUACAUUUGGAAGUUGCACAUUCUUUUCCAAUAAUGAGAAAUGCACAUGAAACUUGAUUUUUAGCUAUUUGAAAGUCCUAUCACAAGUCUCUCCUAACCAGAGGGCAGGACCUCUGCUGCUCUGAUAAAAUUAUUCCUCACAUAUCUUCUACCACAGUGCUGUUUAUGCAAGAAAACAGUAUUACAGCUAGUUUUGUGAUGGUCUUCCUGGGCAGGCAUCAUACCAGAGUGGAUCCUGAUGAAUGGAUGUUUUCAGCAAAAUAUAACCAUUCUUUAUUCUUUAAUGAUUGGGAAAACAGCAGUUUCCGCUCUGGUGGUCAGAGAGAGAAUGAUUUCAAGCCUUUUUAAAUGUGUUGAGGUAUUGGAUCUG